AUGUCUAUUCAAUGGACUUUCAUAGCUGGAUAUUUGUAUUUCGAGAUUGCUUUUGUUAUGUUAAUGUUGUUGCCAAUAUUUAGUCCCAGAAAAUGGCACAAAUUUUUCCAUUCACGACUCUUCUUUAUGUUUCAAGAAAGAACAACAGUCUAUUUCUACGGCCUCUUAGGUAUUUUGUGUAUGUUUUUAAUAGACUCUAUUAGGGAAAUGAGAAAGUAUUCUCACUCUACUGAAGGACAAACUCAUUUAGCAAAUGAAAUGAAAGGUAAUGUGAAAUUGUUCCGAGCUCAAAGAAACUUUUACAUUACCGGUUUCGCUAUAUUCUUAGCUUACGUUAUCAGAAGAAUUAUAACAAUGAUUCUCAUCCAGCAUGAGCUUCAAGUAAAAGCUGAUCAAAUUAUUAAGAAAGCUGAAGAAACUGUCAAAUUAGCAAAGACUACAGUUUUAGAAAACAAUUUGGAAUCACAGGACUAUGAAGAAAUUAAGAACAGGCUAGAUACAACAGAGAGUAUUGUAGAAGAACAAAAAAUAAGAAUAAAAGAACUUGAAGAAGAUGCUACAAAGUGGAGGUUGAAAUAUGAAGAAGUUAAUAGAGCUGCCGAGGGAUGUGGUGAUAACUAA